AUGAAAUCGCUCAUCAAACUGUCUUCAUUGGUGAUUGUGUUCAUUUGUAUUUUUGAAUAUGUUUCGGCUUCAAUUGAGAAGGACGAAAACGCCAUGGUUGAUUUUUUGACGAAAAAUAAUUAUCUUCACGGAAAAGCGGAAAUAGUUUUUCUUUUGGACAGAUCUGGUAGCAUCGGUGCAGCCAAUUUUGAAGCGGAAAAGGGGUUUGUAGAAUCAUUUUUAACUCAUGUUGUUGUUGAUGCCAAUGCAACGAGAGUUGCAGUCAUAAGUUACAGUGACACUGCAGAGCGGCAUAUAGAUUAUCUGAAAGAGCCCAAGUCUAAAUGCUUUUUAUCGCAAGAGCUACAAGAUGUAAUCUACAGAGACAGUGGCGCAACUAAUAUAGCUGCAGCUUUUGAAGAAGCUAGCUUAGUGUUUCUAAAUGCUAGACCAAAUGUCAACAAGGUUUUAAUUUUAAUAAGUGAUGGUUACCAUACAAAAGGUGCUGACCCUGUUCCUUACGCUGCAAGGUUAAAAGCUUCAGGAGUUCAAAUUUUUUGUUUUGGAGUUGGAAGAUUUCGUUUAACAGAGCUCCAAAAGUUGGCGAGUAGCUUACAACAUCUCUACAACAGCGCUCGUUUUAUAGACUUCAAAAGGCUGGCAAGAAAAAUUCGAGGAGAUCAGCACGAAAAUUCGUGGUCCAGUCAAGACUCAAAGCGAAAUUGCGAUCAUUUGUGUGACAGUCCGUACAAGGGAGAGCCUGAAGAUCCUGGUUGUUGCGAUCAUGCCGCUCGGUGUUCCUGUGCAUUACUCUCAGGAACACACACCUGCGUUUGUGGUCCCGGAUACUAUGGGCUGUCCGGUCUAGCUGGCAGAUGCAAAGCUUGCCCAAGAGGAACGUACAAGUCUAAACUAGAGCCUGUUCAACGGUGUGUUCAAUGUCCAAAAGGUUCUACCACUGCUGAAGCAGCUAGCACCUCCAUUAAUGAUUGUUAUUGCGAAGAUGGAUAUCAUGGAAACCCUUCCAAUGGAAUAUCGUGCACAUUGGUAAAGUGUCCCCCUCUGCAGAAGCCAACGAAUGGUGAUUUGUUGGGAAAUUGUCCUAAUACGUAUGGAUCGAGUUGCCACUUCAUUUGUAACGAUGGUUAUGAAUUAGUAGAUCCAUCAAAUGAUAUUCGGACCUGCCAGCAUAACGGCCAAUGGACUGGAAAAGCAUCAGUUUGUCGAGAAAUGCAAUGCUUGCCUCUCGGGGCGCCCAGAAAUGGACGCAUCAAAUGUGAAUCUAACCACAUGACUGCUGGCAAAAAAUGCUAUUUUAAUUGCGAGAGGGGAAACAUUAUGCAAGGAUCCGAAAUAAGAGAAUGUUUGCCCAAUAAAAAAUGGUCCGGCGUGUACACUAGUUGCAUACACAUUCAACCGCCAGAGAUAAAAUGUCCACCGUCGUUAGUGUUGAAAACCGAGAAAGGCAAACGUGAAGCAUUUGCUGAUUGGAAAAUUCCUGAACCAAUAGAUAACACAGGAUUUCCACCAAAACUUGUAACGAUUCCGCAUCUCACAUUCCCAAGAAGUUGGUUUACAAUUGGACAUCACAUUAUCGUGUAUGAAGCCAUAGAUGUUUCAGGUUUGGGAGCAAAUUGCAGUUUUACCAUUGAAGUUAAAGAUGAAGAACCACCAAAUAUAUUGCUGUGUCCUUCGAAAAUCGAAGCUAGCACAGCUGAUUCCAAAACUUCAGUCAAGUGGGAGGAACCGGAAUUCGAAGACAACAGUGGAAAACGCAUCAUUCUUUGGCAAAAUGCUCACUCUGAAGACGAAUUUAGCGUUGGAAGUCAUCAAGUCACUUACCAAGCAAAAGACUGGAGUGGUAAUACAGCUUCUUGUACCUUUAAAGUCAUCGUUUCACGUACAACUUGUCCUUAUUAUCCUCCUCCGGAUAAUGGUGCAUUUGUAUGCCAUGAUUGGAUGUACGGACAGUUUUGUCGUGCUUACUGCAAUGAAAGGUACGAUUUUUCAGAAAAGGUGGCUGAUUGGUAUAUCUGUAACACUGAAGCGCAGUGGGUGACAGAACCAUCGUUUAUGCACAUUCCUUGGCCUGACUGUUCCAAGCCAGUUUUCCCAAGUAAAGUAAAGCAGACUAUUAAAGCUCAUCAAUACAUUGGUGAUUGCAACGACCCUGCAGUUCAGCAGUAUCUAAAGAAGGUGUUGAGGUAUUAUUCUGUGCCUAAACUUCAAAAUUCGAAAUUGUGCUCACAUAAUGCUAUUUGCAAGAUUGAAAACAUCAAGGUUUCAUGUGGAAGAAUCAUAGAAUAUCCAAGACAAUGGCGUCGUCGAAGAGAUAUUUGGAAUCAGGCAAAAAACGAAGAUUUAGAGUUGGAGUUUGAAAUUACAAUUGACGCAAAUCAAGAGUUGAAUGACACAGAUGCAGUCUUGCAAGAUUUCCUGGACACAAUUCAAAACUUAGAUUGGAGUUUAGAUAACGAUUAUGAGACGGAACUAACUACAACUAGCUCAAGCAUACCAAUCAACUCAAGCUCACACAUACCAAAUAAUGGAACAGUAGUUAUUAUUGGUGCUGAUAUUCAACUUGUUUGCAAUCCUGGAUCGAUAUUUAGUGGCAAUGCAUGUGUUCUUUGUCCAUCGGGCACAUUUUACGAUGAGCAUUUAAAAGAGUGCAUGGAUUGUCCACUUGGGCAGUAUCAAGAGAACGAAGGGGAAUUCAGCUGCAUUCAUUGUCGGAUGGGAAUGAGCACUGAGCAAAGAAGAUCAAAGAAUGAGACCGAUUGUAAAGGAAUUUGUCCACCUGGAACUUUUUCGGCUUCUGGAUUGCAGACGUGUAUGGCCUGUCCAAUUGAGACGUAUCAGGAGUACGUUGGACAAAACUCCUGCGUACCAUGCCCCAAUGGCACAACUACUGCUAGAGUAAAGUCAACUGAUUCCGAAGAAUGCAAAGUUGCUUGUAACCCUGGAACGUACUCAGUGGAUGGUCUUUUUCCUUGUGAAUUAUGUCCAAAAAGUUAUUACCAACCACUAUUUGGUGCAACAGCUUGUGAAGAAUGUCCAUUGGAUUUAUCAACCAUUAAUGAAGGGAUGAAAAAACGUAGUGAUUGCAUAGAUGUAGAUCCGUGCCGUAACGACACAUUUUGCUUGAAUGAAAGUCAAUGUGAGCGCAAAGGACGCAAAGCUGUCUGCUUGUGUAAGGAAGGGUUCGAAGGUGACCAGUGUUCAGACGACAAGAACGAAUGCAAUGACUUUCCGUGUUCCAACAACGGAACGUGCAUAAAUACUGUUGGAUCGUUUCAUUGUCAAUGUCCAGAUGGUUUGACUGGCGAUUUAUGCGAUGCAGAGGUAGAUGAAUGUGAUUCCUUUCCUUGCGCCAACAACGGGACCUGUCUCGAUAAGAUGAGUGGAUACUCCUGUUUGUGUCCUGUAGGUUACGAAGGACUGAACUGUGAAAUUGAACAAGAAGUAUGCUUUCAUGACGUCAUAUGCCUGAAUGGAGGACGAUGUGUUUUCGACGAUGGGAACUCAUCUUUCUGCAUGUGUUCAUCUGGUUAUGAAGACAUUGACUGUUCUACUAAUAUUGACGACUGCUUGAACAUUACUUGCCAAAAUAACGGAAGUUGUAUUGAUGGCAUCUCAUCGUAUACUUGCCAAUGUACUGUAGGAUACACCGGCAUCUUUUGUGAAAACGAAAUCGAUGAAUGUGAAAAUGAUUUGUGUCAAAAUGGAGCGUCCUGUCACGAUGGCAUAGGAACGUAUGAAUGCGUAUGCUUGCCUGGUUGGAAUGGCACUUACUGCGAAAAUAAACUCGAUUCAGACUUCGUACUUGCGUUUCCAGAUUCGAAUGCAACGAUAGCCAACAUGGCAACUAUGACAGUGAAUUCUCCCAUGUCAGAUGCUACUGUGUCACUAUGGAUUCAAACUACUGAUGUUGAAAGAUCAGGAACUCCUUUCUCGUACGCCGUUGCUUCAACAUCCACCACAGAUGGUAACAAUGAUCAGAUCGUGGACAAUGCUUUGACUAUCAGUGAUUGCUCCGGUCUUCAAAUCUACGUAAACAAUCAGCCCGUUAUGACAAACCUGCAAGUUGCUGAUGGAAAGUGGCACCACUUAGCUUUUUCUUGGUCAUCGGAAGAUUCAGGUAAAUGGUCUUUAUACAAAGAUGGUCAGUUGCAAUCAGAAGGUGAGAAUUUAAGACCAGGUGAAAUUAUCUCUGCAGGUGGUACACUAGUAAUUGGACAGGAGCAAGAUGAAGUUGGGGGAGGCUUUAGCCCCUUUGAAACGUUCUCAGGAAACAUUUCCAGGGUAAACGUGUGGAACAGUUAUUUUUCACAAAGCAAUAUAGCACGAUUAUGCAAGCUGGAUGAAGAGAUUCCAGGAAAGAUUGUGGCAUGGCCAGAUUUUCUACACAACUUGCAAGGAGAUGUUCAUAUUUUGAAAAAUAAAAAACCCACCCUUUAAAUAAAACGGUUAAGUUCAUUAGUUGAAAAAUUAACAAGAGAAACUAGUGUUUAG